UCUUUGAAGUAAGUAACAAUAUGGUAUUUUGGUAACUGUGAUUACCGUGGUGAAUUCUUGUUAAGGAUGACAGCUCUAAUCUGCUGUCAGACUCCAUCUGCUUCCAGGGAUUUAAUCUGGUUAGCUCUUGGAUGGCACCAAUUAAUCUCACAACGCACGAAGCAAAUGGGAGAUGAAUGCAUGACUGUCUGCAUGCUGUUUAUGUGGUUUACCAUGCCUGUGUUUUACACACCUAUACCUCGAAAUCUGAGAGUGGGUCUGGCUAAUGCAAGCGGCUCUGUGUUUUUAAAUAACAGGACGAGAGACAGUGAAGACCUCAGAGACUUUUAUCAAGAUAAUGAAGCGUGCAGUGAGAUCUCCUCUCAUCUUCCACUGCAGAUGCUGCUGUAUUUCAACAGCUUCUUCUUUCCUUUAUGGUGGAUUUCUGAGGUUGUCAUGUUGGAUUUAAAGUUCUCUUUAUUGCCGGUGUAUUACCAGUGCUUGUUGGUGACGGGAUUGGUGCUGAUUAGCAUAUUUGAAGUAUUGCGUGUGUAUCUGGGUUACAUCGGGAACCUCAAAGAGAAGGUUCCAGAGUUAGCUGGAUUCUGGUUGCUGUCCUUCCUCUUCCAGCUGCCUAUUCUCCUCUUCUUCAUCACAGAUGAAAACAUCAUCAUUCUGCCUCUGGAGCGAGCCGUUCAUUCUCUCUACCUGGCCUUUCUUCUGGCCGAGGUCCUGGCUUCGUUUUUCGCUUUGCGGGUCAUGACUCGUAAACUCGCUCUGCAGUUUCACAUGAGUCAGUUUGGUCCUGUACAGAGUCUUCAUACAGUAGACACCUUGCCUAUGGUUGGAUUGUCAUAUGGAACCAGAAGUGUGUUGCCUGUGAGGGACAUCCAGCCCUGCUGAGAGUUUAUGGACCAUGGAGGUUGAUGCAUGGGCUGUAACCAAGCAGAAAGUCUUCCAUGACAUCAUUCUGAUCUUGGAGUACAAAGUAGGAGAGAUUGGGUUGCUAUGGUGAACGUGAUUUCACCCAUCAGGUCAUGGAUCUGUUCCUGUGUAUCAACCAAUCUGACUGCCGGAUUAGGUUUAGGGGCAAGGUUAGGUUUAAGACUAGGUAUUUAUUUCCCUGUGAUUUUAUGGGAUUUAGGUUAUGGGUUGAGUUUUUGUAAGGACUUUUUGUUUGAAUGUUGAAUGUUGUUCCAGGACCGACAAAGGAUGUUGAUUCAGGUGUUUAUCUUACUUGGCAAUCACAUCAACCAAGUUGUUACAUGGUUGGGGAAGCUUAAAUUUUGUACGAAGCUUUUAAAUAUUUAUGCUUCUCCACUUUGUAACAACAUUCUC